AUGGAGCAUUUCAUGUACGAGGACACGCGGUCCCGUUAUCGAGCAGCUGGAGAAGCAACAGAAAUUGAUGAGUACGAUUUUCGCGAGGUGAAAAUAGCGAUGGAGGAAAUGAACUCCAUUGCUGAAGAAAGGGUGCAGCUCAGUAAUCGCGCACCAAUGAGAUUGCGUUCUGCUCCUAGCUCAUCACCCACGCCCACCCCCGCACCCGCUGCCGCGAGUUUCACCGUUGGUCUUGAAAAGGAUUUGGAGAAAAUACGAGUUCUGGUUUGUGGAGAAUGGCCCGAACGCCAGAUCAUCCCAAUCACGGGGAUGGGCGGUAUUGGGAAAACCACACUCGCCACCAAGAUCUUUGAUGAUCCUUUAGUUGUGGAGAUGUUUCCGAUUCGUGCUUGGAUCACUGUGUCACAAGAUUAUAAUCCGGAAAAUAUCUUUGAAAAUCUCCUAUAUUCCUUGGGAAAAGUUGUCCAAGAAGCGAUUGCCGAAAGCAGCAUCUCAACGGUACAAAAACUCUACCAAAUCUUGACGGUGAAGAAGUACCUUGUUGUAGUGGAAGAUCUGUGGAGUGGGAAGGCUUGGGACGACAUAAAGAUGGCAUUUGGCGACCCCCGUAGUCGUAACGGAAGUCGGAUUCUGAUCACCACAAGGAUCACGAGUGUGGCUUCUCAUGUCAGCCCUUCGAGCCCUCUUCACCAGAUGCGUUUCCUGAAACCAGAUGAGAGCUGGAAUCUGCUCAAGCACAAGGUGUUUCCAUCCAAACAAUUUGUGAGAUUGCAGAAGAAGGAAGGAGGAGUUGAAGGACUGAAGAACAGAAGAAGAAGAAGAGUCGCGGCUGUCUUGUCCGACGUUGGGGAGAGUCCAGACUCGUGGGAGGAAGUUGCAGAAGACGUGUAUUCAGCUAUUGAUAAGAAUGGGGAGUUCGACAGGAUCAUGUCUUUGAGUUAUACCCACUUGCCUCUGUAUCUCAGGCCCUGUUUCUUAUACAUUGGUAGCUUUCCCAAAGAUUAUGAGAUCCGAGUUUCCAAGCUUAUCAAGUUAUGGAUGGCUGAAGGGUUCGUUGAAAACGGAGAUGAAGCUGAAGCAUAUUUGAGCGAUCUGAUGAAGACAAGUCUGGUUUUUACGACGGCCACCAAGUCCAACGGCAAAGUUAAAAGCUGCAAUGUUCAUGAUAUGAUACGUGACUUGUGCAGAAGAAAGGCUGUGGAUGAGAACUAUGAGCGUCGUCUGAGUAUCGCUCAUCCUGAUCUGACCCGCCUUGCAAGAACAUAUGCCUCGACCCUGCGUUCUGUUAUAAGCUUCCGGCCUACUGAGAGCUCAUUAGGCCGUCUGCGCAAGUUCAAGCUGUUGAGGGUGCUGGAUGUGGUGGAUACCGAUGCCUACACGCUCCCUGCUCCGGUGUUCGAGCUCUUUCACCUGAGGUACCUUGCUUUCGGCUGUGGUAUGGAGAUUCCUACAACCAUCGCCAGGCUUCAGAAUCUCCGCGCUUUGAUCAUUCGUCCCAGCAAGAGGUUGAGGCAUUACUCUGUGGACGAGGUUUAUCUACCGUUAGAGGUUUGGAUGAUGCCACUUUUGACGCAUCUUGUCUCCUUUUAUGAUCUUCUACCAAAUCCAGAAAGAGCAGCUUCUGCUCUAGACAACCUGCUCACACUGUCUGUGGUGAAGAAGCUGAUAUGUACGGAAGAGAUGAUGAAAAUGAUUUCCAAUGUGAAGAAACUGGCAAUCACUUAUUUCGGAGACAGAUACAAAGAAGACUAUCAGCUCCAGAAUCUUGUUCUUCUGCAUCAACUUGAGAAGCUGACAUUAGUUGUGAAAAAAGGUUAUCUUCUUGAGAUGAAAGCUAAGCCUGUUUUCCCAAAGACGUUGAGAAAGUUAACUUUGAGUGGUUGGCGAUUUCCAUGGGAAGAUAUGGAAGCUGUUGCCUCUCUGCCCCAUCUUCAAGUGCUCAAACUCAGAGAUCAUGCCUGCGAAGGCGACACGUGGGAGACUAACGAAGAACAGUUUCAGAAACUCGAGUAUUUGCUAAUUGAUGAAUCUGAUUUGGAGAAUUGGGAUACUGGAAAACUCCACUUUCGAAUAUUGAAGCGGCUAGUGCUUCAUGGCUGUGGUAAGCUGCGUGAGAUUCCAGAUGACAUUGGAAACAUAUCAACACUUGAACUGAUUGAGGUCGAUCGUGUAAACACAUCCCUUGUCGAGUGUGUCCAACACAUCCAAGAGGAUCAGAUACACAACUAUGACAAUAAACUCCUUCAAGUUCGAACAUUAUAA